ACAGCCAGAUCAGAUCUCAGCUUGUCUUUCUCUUGCAUUCGUUGGAUAUCCACUGAGGGAAGAUGCAGAACGGCACGGAAGGAAGCAACUUCUACAUCCCCAUGUCCAACCGGACUGGGCUUGUAAGGAGUCCUUUUCUAUACCAACAGUACUACUUGGCGCCUCCAUGGCAAUACUAUGGUCUUGCCUUCUAUAUUUUCUUCCUGAUCUGUUUUGGAUUCCCCAUCAACGGUCUGACCUUGUAUGUCACAGCCACAAACAAGAAGCUUCGGCAACCCCUUAACUUCAUCCUGGUCAACUUGGCUGCAGCUGGAAUGAUAAUGGUCCUCUUUGGAUUCACCAUCACCAUCACAUCUGCUGUCAAUGGUUACUUCAUCUGGGGACCAUUGGGCUGUGCCAUUGAGGGAUUCAUGGCUACACUUGGAGGUGAGGUUGCCCUGUGGUCUCUGGUAGUGCUGGCUGUCGAGAGAUACAUYGUGGUCUGCAAGCCCAUGGGCAGCUUCACGUUCACCUCCACCCACGCUGGUGCUGGUGUUGCAUUCACCUGGAUAGCUGCUAUGGCUUGUGCUGCUCCCCCACUGAUUGGCUGGUCCAGGUACAUCCCAGAGGGCAUGCAGUGCUCAUGUGGACCUGACUACUACACCUUAGCCGAAGGCUUCAACAAUGAAUCAUAUGUGAUCUACAUGUUUACCUGCCACUUCAUAUUCCCAGUCUGUAUGAUCGCCUUCACUUAUGGAAGUCUUGUCCUCACAGUCAAGGCGGCUGCAGCUUCCCAGCAGGACUCAGCAUCUACCCAGAAAGCUGAGAAGGAAGUGACACGUAUGUGCAUCCUGAUGGUUUGUGGUUUCAUGAUCGCCUGGACCCCCUAUGCCCAUCCCUCCCCCCGGGUCAUCGAUGGCCAGACAGCGUAUAUGGUGAGACGCUUCCUGAGGAUUCGACAACGGAGCAGGGGUUUCUAG